AACAAAUCUCUUUUAUCGUCCGUUGGGGAAAUAGAUCAUUUGUUUACACAAUCUAGAAAGCAAUGAAAAAGAUUUCAUUUCGUCAAUUUUCAGCUUUAAUUGAUCCAUCAGCUGGCAAUCGCAUUUCCAUUGAAUCUUCAAUUCCUCACAAACCGAAUAUAAGAGUUUCAAGCCCAUUCCCUAUCCCUCAUCGAACAAUACCUGAACCCAAAGGACAGGAUCUUGAUUUUGUAAAUGUAGCUCACAGCCACCUAAUUAACUCAGACUGGGCCAAACUAAACUUAUUAUCAUCUGGUCUAACAGGUUUCAGGGUUAAGCAUGUUCUGCUAAAAAUUCAAAGAGACCAUGUACUCUCACUUGAGUUUUUCAAUUGGGUUAAAAGUCAUAAGUCUGACUCGCUUACCCUUGAAACCUAUUCCAUACUUGUCCAUAUUCUCACCAAAAAUCACAAGUUUAAAUCUGCUGAAUCCAUUUUGCGCAAUAUUCUUGCUUCAAAUGUCUUAGAUUUGCCUUCUAAACUAUUUGAAGCAUUACUGUAUUCCUACCGUAUAUGUGAUUCUUCACCUAGGGCUUUUGACUCUCUUUUCAAGACUUUUGCUCAUAUGAAGAAGUGCAGAAAUGCAACUGACACUUUUUGCCGGAUGAAGGAGUAUGGGUUUUUACCUACUGUUGAGUCAUGCAAUGCAUAUUUAAGCUCUUUGCUUAAAUUGCAUAGAGCAGAUAUAGUUUUGUCCUUCUAUAAUGCAAUGCUUCGUAAUCGCAUUUCACCAAAUGUUUAUACAGUCAAUAUGGUCAUGUGUGCCUAUUGUAAAUUGGGAAAGCUACAGGAGGCUGUUGAAAUGUUAGAGACGAUGGAGAGCAGGGGUUUAAGUCCAAAUAUUGCUUCAUAUAAUGUACUGAUUUCAGGAUACUGUAACAAGGGUCUUCUAGUUUUGGCCAUGAAGAUUAAAUGCUUGAUGGAGAAGAAUGGGGUCCAGCCUGGAGUGGUCACAUUUAACACACUUAUCAAUGGAUUUUGUAAGGAGGGUAAACUACAUGAAGCAAAUAAAAUCUUCACUGAGAUGAAGGCCAAUAAUGUAUCUCCUACUAUUGUAACCUAUAAUACUUUGAUAAAGGGAUAUAGUCAAAUUGGUGACAUUGAGCUGAGCAGUCAACUUUAUGAGGAAAUGUCAAGAAAUCAGGUUAAACCUGAUAUUUUGACUUAUAAUGCUUUGAUUUGGGGAUUAUGCAAGGAAGGUAUGACAAAGAAAGCUGCAUAUCUAGUCAAGGACCUUGAGAAGGAGAACCUGGUCCCAAAUGCUUCUACCUUUUCUGCUCUUAUUACUGGCCAGUGUAUGAAAAAGAACUCUGAGCGUGCCUUUCAACUUUAUAAAAGUAUGAUAAGGAGUAAUUGCCAUCCAAAUGAGCACACUUUCGAAAUGUUGAUAUCUACCUUCUGCGAAAAUGAAGACUUUGAUGGAGCCAUCCAAGUCAUGAGAGACGUGAUGGGGAGAUGCAUGACUCCUGAUUCUAGUAUUUUGUCUGAGCUCUGCUGUGGACUUUGCAAGUGUGGAAAAAAUAAAAUUGCAUCAAUAUUAUGUGAUGACUUGGAAGCUAGGCAUCUGUUGCCCAGAGGAUUUGACAAAGUGAAAAUUAUGAGCACCCCUGUAGAGAAUGACAAACAAUUGAUGCUGCGGUAUCAGGGAAAAAAAGAAUGACAAACAACUUAGCUUGUGUGGACCAAAAUGACACCUUAAAUAUCACUUGACAUUAACAUAGAUGGUUUGGAUGAAUGCACUAUCCUCAACUUAUGAUAUGUAGUAGUUUUUGGAAUCAUGGGACUAGUUUAGUAUUUUAGCUUAGGACAAAAUUAAGUGAACCUUAUGAGUCUGCUAACGAGUUGUCAAAAUAAUGUGCAGAGAAACUUUUUUAAUUCAUUUAAUUAGACAUAUUUGUAUGUGAUAUAUUUAUGAAAUGAAAUUAGCAAACAUAUCUUAGAGUGUUUCUUGUCUUUUAUCUUAUUAUUUGUGAAAUCCCUCCUUUAUGAUUAUUGACGGUUCAUUUACAUUUGAAUUUUGAUUCCAUCACGGGUUUUGCUCAAGGUAAAUUCUAGUUCAAUUGAAAGUGAUUCUCUUUCGGGCCUUCGCACGAGGCAGCGACACUUGAACUAGUUUAACGACAAGCCCAGAUCAUCAGCAGUCACAAAUUGAUUCAUAUUAUACAGUUAGAGAGAUGGAUGGGGAAAAAUGUAAAGAGAAGCAAGUUUCAUAAACGGUCCUGUUAUCAUGUGUCUUUCUCUUCUUGAAUAUAUGCUAAUGUACAACAGCUGAGGAUCUAAUAUUGACUUAUCAGCUCUGCGGCCUCCUCAGCUGCGAUAAACUAGAAGUUGCUGAUCCAGUUGCUAACGAGUGCAGGCAUCUUUAUGCGAUCCUUUGGUGUUUAUAGGUGUUCCUUUGUUUAAUGGGUGCUUAUGGACGGGGUCUUCUAUAUGGAAGUGCUAUAUUAUUUACAGAUAGCCUCAUUGUCUGUAAAUAGACAAAGGAUAUGAACAUAUUCAAAUAAAAUAUUUAAUUUGUAAAA